AUGCGGUUUCUGCUAAAGAAAUGCCUACGAAAAAAGGCGCCAGAAAUGAAGCCAGGGGCGAUUUUGGAUGCGGUCAUCUCGCAGUCCUCGGCGACCGCAUGCAAGUGUUUGCUUUACAAGCUGGCGGAUUACAAGCGAGGCGGGGAUCUAAUCGAUGCCAUCAAUACAGGCGGGCUGAUUGCCGUGGAGCAAUUGAUACGGGAGCAAUUCGGUGUGUUCAUGUACAAUGAUGGCAAGGGUCAAAUGAUUAAUCGGGCUGAGUUUUUGCGAUGGAAGUAUCGGGAUCAUACAGAAGUGACCAUACCGAUUGAGGCUUCAUUGUCGAUCCACGAUCCGUUGGGCAAAUGGGAGGAUCACAAGGCUUGCUGGCAAAUGCAAUACCGCGGCGCCUUGGGUGAGAGUCUGCUCCAUGUUUUGAUCAUAUGCGAUUCGAAGAUUCACACAAAACUGGCGCGUGUGCUGCUGCGUGUUUUUCCUAAUCUUGCGCUGGAUGUCAUGGAGGGUGAAGAGUAUCUGGGAGCCAGCGCAUUGCAUUUGUCGAUAGCCUAUAGCAACAAUGAGCUAGUAGCCGAUCUCAUUGAGGCCGGAGCGGAUAUAAAUCAACGGGCCAUUGGCAGUUUCUUUUUACCCCGCGACCAGCAACGUAUGAACCCUGCCAAAAGUACCGACUACGAGGGUUUGGCUUAUAUGGGUGAAUAUCCGCUGGCUUGGGCCGCCUGCUGCGCCAACGAGAGUGUCUACAAUCUGCUAGUGGAUUGCGGCUCCGAUCCGGAUGCCCAGGACUCGUUUGGCAAUAUGAUAUUGCAUAUGGUGGUCGUCUGCGAUAAACUGGAUAUGUUCGGCUAUGCGCUAAGGCAUCCUAAGACUCCCGCUAAAAAUGGCAUAGUGAAUCAAACGGGUCUGACGCCUCUGACUCUGGCCUGCAAGCUAGGCCGGGCGGAAGUCUUUCGAGAGAUGUUGGAGCUGUCUGCCAGAGAGUUUUGGCGUUACAGUAACAUCACGUGUUCCGGUUACCCAUUGAAUGCAUUGGACACUUUACUACCAGAUGGCCGAACAAAUUGGAACUCGGCUCUCUUUAUCAUAUUGAAUGGCACUAAGCCAGAGCAUCUGGACAUGUUGGAUGGCGGCAUCAUUCAGCGUCUGCUUGAGGAAAAAUGGAAGACCUUUGCCCAGAAUCAAUUCCUCAAGCGUCUGCUUAUUCUCUCCACCCAUUUGCUGUGUCUUUCGGUGUCCGUUUAUUUACGCCCCGCCCAUGACGGUGAAGGCGAGGAGGAUGAUGGCGACGGCAGCACCGGGGCGACAGCAGCAGCUCUUCAAGAGGCAAUGGGAGAUGGUAUCGCGGUGGCAGGUGCAGCAGAUUCGGCGGAUGUUAGCUACAACGCUCAGACAGUGGCACGCUAUUGCGCCGAAUUGGCCACCAUAGCAGGAGUGUUAAGCUAUGUGGUCUUCCAGCAGGGUGAUGAGAUUAAGAAUCAGGGUUUAUCUGCAUUUCUCAAGCAGCUGUCCCAUGCGCCGGCAAAGGCAAUUUUCUUGUUUUCCAAUCUAUUGAUAUUGGCAUGCAUUCCAUUCCGUUUGAUCGGGGACACUGAUACCGAGGAAGCCAUCUUGAUAUUUGCCGUACCCGGCUCUUGGUUUCUCCUUAUGUUCUUUGCCGGAGCGAUCCGAUUAACUGGGCCAUUUGUGACCAUGAUCUACUCCAUGAUUACGGGUGACAUGUUCACCUUUGGUAUCAUUUAUUGCAUUGUUCUAUGCGGCUUUUCGCAGGCCUUCUACUUCCUCUACAAGGGACAUCCUCAGGUGCAAUCGACAAUGUUUAAUACUUAUACCAGCACUUGGAUGGCACUCUUUCAAACGACCCUGGGUGAUUAUAAUUAUCCUGAUCUCAAUCAGACAACCUAUCCGAAUCUGUCGAAAACGGUUUUUGUUAUCUUUAUGAUAUUUGUGCCGAUCCUGUUGCUCAACAUGUUAAUAGCCAUGAUGGGAAACACCUAUGUAACCGUUAUUGAGCAAUCCGAGAAGGAAUGGAUGAAGCAAUGGGCCAAAAUCGUCGUCACUCUGGAGAGAGCUGUACCCCAGGCCGAUGCCAAGGGCUAUUUGGAGGCAUAUUCGAUACCAUUGGGUCCAUCAGAUGAUUCGGGCUUUGAGGUACGUGGCGUAAUGGUCAUCAAGAGCAAGAGCAAGACUCGUGCAAAGCAACGGAAAGGAGCCGUUUCCAAUUGGAAGCGUGUGGGUCGGGUCACUUUGACCGCUUUGAAGAAACGGGGAAUGACCGGCGAGGAAAUGCGACGCCUUAUGUGGGGACGUGCCUCCAUUUCCAGCCCCGUCAAGGUGACCAAACAAAAACUCAAGGACCCCUAUAAUCUACAUACCGACUCUGAUUUCACCACUGCCAUGGAUAUGCUUAGCUUUGCCAAUAACCCCGCCUCCAGCACGGGUGUCCAAUUGCGUUCAAGCACUACGGCCGCACAGCCCAUGCCACCGGCUCCGGAUCCAUUUAGGGAGCUCAUCAUGAUGUCGGAUCAGCGACCGGAGACUCAUGAUCCACACUAUUUUGCUGGCCUCCAGCAAUUGGCCAACAAGGCUUUCGAUCUGGUCGAGCAGACAAUGAAAACACAACCGUCUCAAGAGGUGGCCAAAAAAUCGGCACUGCCUACACCACCAGCAGCUGUAGGGCUCCAGCCAGCAGGAACCACAACAACUCCCACUGGAUUAGUGGCUCCAGCUUCAGUCUCCGACACUGCUAUUCCGACUCCUGCUCUGCCCAUGUUGGGAAAUCUUUUUCAAGAUCCCAAAGACAUUGUAGAUCCUAAGAAACUGGAGGAGUUCAUGUCCAUGCUAGCUGAAGUGGAUACAGAGGAGAGCGACAGUGGUGGACCAAUUUUGGGCAAACUUUCACUGGCCAAAAGAACACAUAAUGCUCUCUCCAAAGCAGACAUAAGACGGGAGCCCAAUUUUAACGGCGUGGCUGGUAUCGGAGGUGGCUUGGAAGCAGGUGGUGUCCAGUCCAUGUCUUCAGUGUGGGCUCCUCCAGGCAUAGAUUUAGAUGCUGUGGAAGAGGAAAAGGAUUCAGCCGUUGCAGAGGAGGUGCUCACCAUUGAGCAAGAUGCCGAGGUCGAUAGCGAAGAUUUGCCCACGGCCGAGCAAGUGCAUGCCACUAUGAAGCAAUUCCAUUUACGCAAAUGUCAGACAUCCCAAGAUGAGGCAGCUCGUCGAGCCAAAUCCGCACGUAUGCGACGCAAAAACAAAGUUUCCCCAGAGCAAAGCGAUGCAGAAUUCGAGUCAGAUGCAAGACGCAAACAGCGUUCGCCACCCGAUCCCCUAGAGCCAUGGAGCACACGUGAGCUGCAGGAUAUUAAUAAAAUUCUAGCCAAGAAGUCGUAAAAACAGUACAGAAAACAUGAUAUACUGGCAC